AUGCUGAUUUACGGCCAGAGUCCAGUUUACUCCAUUGACAAGAUCCAGUCCCUUGAGGAAAAGACAGCAGUGAGUGUUGAAGGAACUGUGACCGAGAUUAUCCCAGUAAAAAAAGUAAAAGUGACGGGGAGACGGGCCAAAGUAAAGAUAACCAGGUUCCACCUCAAAGAUGAAACCGGUUCCAUCUGGAUCACGCUGUGGAGCAAAGAUUCUGAGCAGCUGAAAGGAAAGUCUGUUGGAGACUUUGUCAGGGUGAUCAAUACGAAGACACACCGGUACUAUGAGAUGGUUUCCCUGAACUCCACUGACUUCACCAGAAUCAUCACGAUCCAAGAAGCUGAUGUCCAGAAUGUCACCAUCCAGGUUGUAGGGAUCAUAGGAUGUAACCAGGAGGAGUCUGAGCUAGACGUGGAGAUCAAUGAACAGGUGCAGACCUGCACAGUGGCCUCUCCUCUCCUGGCUAAAGUUCUUGGUAUCAACCUGAAGGACGACUUUGAGGACAAACUCCUGGAGAAAACACCAAUUUCAGCCGAAGCAGAAAUCAAAGGAAACAAGAUCAUUCAACUUAAACUUAUUAAAGAAGAGGAGACCAAUUUGGAAUCUGAAUAACUGCUUUUUGCGUUAUAAACCUAAUCAGAGAGCAUUUUUUAAACUCGUGUAGUUUAAUUGAUUAUUAUCUUGUGUUGCCUCUUUCUUACUCAAAACAUUCAAAGGAGUUCAUUAUGUUAUAAUUCUGCCAUUUCAUUCUAUGAGCUUGAAAUUCUCAACAAUCUCAGCAGCUGAGAGGACAUUUUUGGUUAUUAUGAAAUCCAAUGUUCUGGAAUCAUCCUGUUGGAAUUAAAAUGCGU